CGAAAAAGAGAGAGAGAGAGAGGAGAGGGAGUGUGUGCUCCUCGGGUCUUUGAUUGACUCUUGAACUGCUCCCGAAAAAGUAGGCGAAAGGCCUCCCCCUCUGACCCCUCUGGUGCGGUGGUGCCAGAGAGAGAGAGAGACUGGAGAACGAGGAGGAGAGGAGAAAAGUGAAGCGGAAGGAAGGAGUACCGGAGUAGCGGCGAGCGCAAGGCGAAGGGGCCAUGGCGCGGAAGAAUGGGUGGCAGCUCCCCGCGCACACGCUCCAGAUUGUUGCAAUAACAGUUUUCUUCCUUCUGGUGGUUGCAUUUUAUGCAUUCUUUGCACCAUUUCUAGGAAAUCAAGUCCUAGAAUAUGUCGCAAUUGGUACCUACACUUCCGUGGCACUCGCUGUUUCCAUCCUGUACAUCCGGUGUACUAGUAUAAACCCCGCAGAUCCUGGGAUCAUGUUAUGGUUCGAGGAUGGCUUCAUUGAUGCACCUGGAAGUACUGCCAACAUACAGGGCACGCAUUUGCCAGAAAAACCUGAUAUUGCAUCUGGAACAAACUCCCCAACAUCUGCUUGUAGGAGCUCUCUAGAUGGCCGUCCUAACCGUGGUGGUUUAGCUGCUGGAGACACAAAUGUAGAUCUAAGGUCCCAACCACCAAAAAGGUCAAGGGGCUGCUUACUUUUAGGGCUUGUUUGUGCUUUGUUUCUCAAGGAGGAUUGUAGGAAGUUUGAUGACUCAGAGAAUCAAGUUGAUGGUGAAGAUGCCCUGUUUUGCACAUUGUGCAAUGCUGAGGUUCGCAAAUUCAGCAAACAUUGCAGGAGUUGUGACAAGUGUGUGGACGGAUUUGAUCAUCACUGCCGGUGGUUAAAUAACUGUGUUGGACGGAAGAACUAUUUCACGUUUCUUGCUCUGAUGACUACCAGUCUCCUCUGGCUUGCUAUUGAAAUUGGAGUAGGUAUUGCUGUUCUUGUGAUAUGCUUCACCAACAAUAAUUCAGAGAGAAUUAUUCAAGAUAGGCUUGGGAAUGGCUUUCCUCGUCCUGCUUUUGCUACCAUUGUAAUCAUUUUUACUCUUCUUUCUCUAGUUGCUUGUGUACCUUUAGGGGAACUUUUCUUCUUCCAUAUGAUCUUGAUCAGAAAGGGAAUCACAACUUAUGAAUAUGUUGUCGCAAUGAGAGCUAUGAGUGAAGAACCUCAAGAGGAAGAGGACCAGGAGGGGGUAAACAUUGUUUACUCCCCAACAAAUUCAGCCACUACUGGGUUCAGUGGUGCUACUUCACUUAGUCUUCACUACAAGGGUUCAUGGUGCACACCUCCAAGGAUUUUUGUUGAUCAGGAUGAGGUGAUCCCACAUUUGGAGCCAGGCAUGGUACCAUCAACUGUUGACCCUGAUGCUGCUGGACAUACUGAAAGAGCAAUCAAAACCAAGAAGCAAGUCAAGAUCAGUGCCUGGAAGCUUGCAAAGCUGGAUAGCAAUGAGGCAAUGAGAGCUGCAGCAAAAGCUCGGGCAUCGUCCUCCGUCCUCCGACCUUUAGAUGCCCGGCGGGGUCCAGGGUCUAGCCUUAGCUCUAGUGGCAAUGCCAGCAUGAGAAGCAGCAUGAGUGCUGAUUACAGUGCCAGUGCCACCAAGGAAAAAUGGGCUGAUAAUAAGUUGUCGUCUCUUCAUAGCUCCUCGUAUCCUCAAAGCCUCGCAAGCCAGGACGACUAUGAAUCAGGCACGCAGAGUGCUAGCAGCGUAAGCAGCCCGGUCCACAUUCACAAGCCAGUGCCUCAUACUCAGAUUAGUGUGCCACCUCGUGCGCCUCCACCACCUCCAAGGCCUGCACCAGUGGUACCGAGGCCACCGCCUGUUCCAACCACACAGAUAUCCAACCCGGUGUUCCAGUCAGCAACAUCUUAUGUCCGGGAGAACAGAAAAGUGUCCGUUGUUUGGGAUCAAGAGGCCGGUCGUUAUGUCUCGGUAGCACCUGCACCCACUAGACCAGGAGCUGCUGGUGGUGAUCAAGCAGCAUGGGCACCUCGUUUCUUGGCAAACCCAGGUGGUGAGCCAAGCAAUCGCAGAAAUCUUGCGCCUGUGAACGCCUCUUCCUCAGCAUUGCCAUCUGGGCAGCCGUCUGAGAGGUUGGCAUACACUGGGCAGUCGAUAUUCUUUGGCGGACCACUUCUAGGUGCUGCUGCUGCUGCUGGCCCUCGGAGGAGUGAUGACGCAGGCACAAGAGCACGACUGGAGGAAAGUUGGGAGCUCACUGCCCGCCAAAAUGACGCUGGUGGAGACAGGAGGCGAACCACGGAGUCCUUACCAGUGUUUGCUCCAGGAACGUUUCAGAAGAACCCACCGCCAUUCAACAGGUGAGCUCAUGUCAUGGUACUCUUUUGCUGACAAAUCACUACCGCGACAAUGGGGAUAAGAUGACCACUACAGGGUGACAUGGUAAGAGUUCUGAAUAUCUGAUGGCUUACUUCUCCGAUCGUUGUAUUCAUCACCAAAGACUUGCCAGCAGAGCAGCAUCUGUGCGGGAACCAUCGGAAAGGAUCAGGGACUGAUCAUUACAGUGAAGCUUGAUCAGAAUGAGAACUGGAAGCAUGACAGUUAGAGGAACCAAUCCAUUGCGAUGUAAAUUCUUUGCUCAUUAGUUACAAGUAGCAUUUUUGUCCAACUUAGUGCUUCGAUGACUGGAAUUCAUACCAUUCCAUGAAAAUCCACAGAAUUAUUGCUGGGGUAAAUUAAAUGUUUGUAGUCACAGACUCACAGUUUAUAGAGAAUGCAAUACAGCUUAUACAAAGCUUUAGGGAUUCUUAUAGUUCGUUGGCAUUGAGCCCCAGGUCUGUACUUGGAUUGCUUUUAAUAUAAUUCUCCUGAGUAUUCGUGAACAA